GGAACUGAUAGCAGACAUAGUCCUGAGAUAGAUGUCACACUAAGUGUAUAAAGCACUCGCAUACAGAAAUCUACAGCUACACCACUGACACUUACAAAUAGAAAUACAAUUACAAAUAGAACGUAAGGUAGUAUCAAAUGGCGUUUUCUCAGUUAGUGAUCGGGCCACCAGGGUCCGGCAAGACCACAUACUGUCAAGGCAUGCGCGACUUUUUGGUGUCCGCAGGGCGUACUUGUGUGAUAGUAAACCUAGAUCCCGCAAAUGAUAAUAUUCCAUAUGAGUGUGCGGUAUCAAUCCACGAUUUGAUUACAUUAGAAGAUGUUAUGGAUAACCUCGGGCUGGGCCCAAACGGAG